AUGAAUAACUUAAUUUUAAACGAUAUGAAAAGUGCAUUCGAUCCGAUUACAAAUAAUAGUUUAGAUUUUGAACGAGUCGUAACUGAAAUGUACAGUUUUCCAAUGAAAAAUCCAAAAAUUAAUUCAGCAAUGGUAUUUAAAUUACCAUUCGAGGAGGACGGGACCCGUGACAAUAGAUUUUCGGAACGUAUGCUAUUUAUGGAACGGCAAGAGUUUAUGGAACCAACAUUUCCUAAUUUAACCGAAUCAUAUAUGACUUUAAGGAGGUUUCGUUAUGCGAAAGUGCCAUUUAAUAGAAAUAUUACCGAACUUAUGCGUAUCGAAAUGCAAGCUAUUGAUCGAGCAGCGCAACGGGAUCCCUGGUCACAUUUGGGUUUAGACGGUUGGAAUGGUGAUAUUGCCCAGCCACAAACUACACAGGAUUAUCGUAAUAGGAUUGUGCUUCAAAGCUACACUCCAUCCAGUGUUGGUGGAGCAAAAACGUCGAGCUUACUCUUCCUGGUGAACAUUGCCAGAUCCGUCUUUGUUGGAUUUACACCAAGGCCGUUCGCCCUGGCCCAACGCGACAGUGUCAGUAAGGCUCUUUGCAUAAGCUCCGAGAAAUUUUCCGGAAAUCAAUAUCACGACGUUGUCCGCAUAAGCUACGACUUUGACAACUUUUCCGUCCAGUUCCAUCAUGACCCCUCAAACACAUUGACCGAAUAUCCUUAUCAUGAAAUAACAAAAGACCUAUAUGGCGGUAUAUCAUCAACGGAAUAUCUAAAGGAUAUUGCUGAGGCAGAAAUGAAACAAAAACAAUAUCGAGUAGAACUUAGAAAGGAAAUGGAUGAAAAUGUGUUUAUAGCACGAUCAAAUGAUCCCUUUGGAUAUUCGACAAAAUGGGAAAAGAGAAAUCAAACAAAACACAAACGUGAUGUCCUACGCCUGUAUUCCAUGCUGAAAUGUUCUACUGGCUGUGAACCACUGAUCUAUAAAGGCUAUGGCUGUUAUUGUGGAUUUUUGGGUAAUGGAAUACCCACAGAUGGCAUUGAUCGUUGUUGCAAACUACACGAUAAAUGUUACGAGCACAGUAAUUGCCUGUCAUAUCUGGAAUAUUUUGUACCUUAUGUAUGGAAAUGUUAUCGUGGUAAACCAUUGUGUGCCAUAGAUCAUGGAGAAUGGGGUGGUCCGGAUUCAUGUGCUGCUCGUCUAUGUUAUUGUGAUUUACGCUUGUCACGUUGUUUGCGACAAUAUGCAUGUCCUAGUCGGCGGGCCGUGUGCAAGUCAUCACUUGCCAGAAGAUUACAAAAUUUCAUCUUUACAUAG